AUGAGCAAGAUUUUAAAAGUCGUCGGGGCCUCCUGGCUCCAGACGAAGAUUAGCUCCUACAUCCUUGGAAUCCUCGGCAUUCUAUCAAUCUUGGCCCUGUUUGUCGGACAAAUUGAAAGAAUUCAGGAAGAUGGAAAUUACGCAGCUACUGUGUUCUUUUCUAAUAAAACUGGAUAUCGCAUUGAGUACUGGGGGCAGAGUAACGAACUGACCGACAUUCCACGGGGAGUAGCACGCGCGUACUUCAGAAUGGAUAUUGAUACAACCGGCUGGUCUCUCCUGGAAAUUGAGACCGACCCGUCAUAUUCUGAUGAACACCAAGCUUAUGCGGCGGGCAUUGUCGAGGGAGCUCUAACGUGGUCCCUGAUCGACUCACACAUAGAGAACACCAUUACAUCGAAGUGUGAGGAAGGAUCGUCUGUAAUGAAACAGUGUAAUAACUUCAAGGACGCCCUCGACAAGUCGGUUGAUAUCUGGAAGGCGCAUGCUGCAGAAAGAAGUUCAGAAGACCCGUUCUGGCAUCAUGUAUUUUUAUACUACACCCAAAUAAGCGGUAUAUUCACCGGUUGGAAGCAUGGUGUUGCCCGCAGUAUGAAAGAACAUGAACCUGACAUCUCUGACUUGUAUUGGUUAAACUCCGUAUCAGAAGCAAUAGAAAUACAACGCAAAAUGAACAUCACAUUGGAAGACGAAGGCUUAGAAGCCAUCCCUCACUUGUCCAGUGCCUUCUUGAGAGUUGUUGAUGAUAAAAAAAAUGAUGGGACUCCUACUAAGAAGCUAUAUGUUUCGCAAAAUGCGGCUGGAAGCUACUCAUCAAUGACUCGAAUCCUGAAGAAGUACAAACUGAACUAUCACAAGACAGCUAAAGAUUCGGACUUAGUUCCCGGAACAUCGGUGCACUUCUCAGGAUACCCGGGUUCUAUCACCAGCCAGGAUGAGUUCUACAUCGUGAGGGGAGAGGACCACAGGCUGGCUGUCACUGGAACUGCUCUAAGGAACUAUAAUGCUAAAUUGUGGAAGGAAGUUAAUAUUACAGAGCAAGUACCUUUGGGUCCUAGAGUAUCAGCAGCCAAUCAUCUGGCGACGAACGUGAGCACAUGGGGUCACAUUCUGGCUACCAGUAACUCAGGAACAGCGAGCAAACAGUGGCUCAUUGUAGAUUUCAAUAGAUUCGACCAUCUGCAUGCGCUAGCGCCACGCCCUGUAGUCACUAAGCCUGUCCGCAAUGAGGUCGUCACUGAAAGCACUGUAGACAAAGACGUCAGGCACAUCAUAGUAUACCGAAACAACAAUGGUCACUCAAAAGGCCUGCUAGCCCUGGUUGAACAGGUUCCAGGGCGUACACACUCUGCCGACCUAUCUGACGCUUUCUUGGAACAGGGCUACUGGGCCACUUACGGAUUACCCUUCUUCAAAGAUAUUGCAGAAAUAACACACGUCAACAAAAUGCAUGAACAAUAUGGAAACAUCUUUUCCGAAACGGAGUCUCCUCGAGCGUUGCUAUUCAAGCGAGGGUAUCAGAACGCAACGACAUUGGACAGCAUAAUAUCGCUAAUGAGACAAAACAACAUGACUGAAGCAAAUAGUACGAACCUUGGUGAUAUUGAUGAUUGUGAAGAUGUUGAUGAUGUUGACUGUAUACUUCGCGAGCAAGGAUACUGGUCGGUCGUAGGAGUGAGAGGAGACAUCACCAAACAUUACUCAGAACCUUACGGAGUUAUCGACACUAAAGUCGUCAGUGGAGCCCUAAAUGAGACCAACUUGGACUUUUUCGCGAUAUCCGGACCACCGUACACAGAAAUCCAACCAAACGCAACUAAAACAUUAAUAAACAAAGGAAACGUUGCACCAAUCUACACAGAACUGAUUAACAACAAGAGUAACAUGAGUGGAAUUGAAAUAAGGGACUUGGUGAUACAUGAACAGGAGAAAGCAGCUGAAGAUAAACUGGAACUUCUGAACAAAGACCUGAUAAAACCUUUUGACUGGUCAGAAAGUGAAUUCAAAAACGACACACAUAACGGUCUACCUGACAGGUGGGCAUUUAGCCUAUAUUCGCCUAAAUGGACGUGGUGA